AAAAAGAAAAAAGAACAAAGGAUACAAAAGAAACCAAAGCGCAAGGGCUGUCUGAUCUGCAAAGCGCGCUUCGGCGCAAUCACAUGGUCUGGGGUUUCCGCUUUGCUGAUCAUUUAGCUGUGCAGCCGCUCGCGCCCCUCCGUCAUGUUCUGAAGAGGCAUGACGGCUGUGAUCUCCACCAUGAGUGUCAAGGGGCUCCUCAAACAGAGCGCCCAUGACAAUUGCAUUCUGGACAGUUCUUUGAGGAGCAAGAGGAGCCUGUGGCACAGGUGUUCUCUUAAUGGGGAGAAUGACCGCAAGCACAGGCAGACCAAGACAAAGAGCCUUGCAGAUCUGCCCAGAGGACAGAAACAGGUUACUCGUACUCGGUCGAAUUCCCUGGUCGAUUACACAGACCCUCAAAGGACGACCGUUGUGCUGGAAAAGCAAGACAACGAAACGUUCGGAUUUGAAGUGCAGACGUACGGCCUCCAGCUGAAGGACAGCAGCACGGUGGAGAUGUACACAUUCGUGAGCAAGGUGCAGGAGCACAGCGCCGCCGAGGCCGCAGGGCUAACCGACGGCGAUGUCAUCGUCUCCAUCAAUGGCGCCUGCACAGAGGGCUCUGCUCACCAGCACAUCGUCAACCUGAUUCGAGGCUCCGCCAACAUUUUGACGAUGGAAACAGUGAGUGGGGCGGUGGUCAAGAGGAUCGAGCUAGAGAAGAAGCUGAGGUUAUUGAAGCAAAGACUGAAGACAAAAUGGGUGGAGUUGCAGAGACUGACAUUACAGGAACAGCGCCUUGCCUCUGGGGCGAUGAGCGUCUGUUCGGCUCCCCCCUCGCUGGACUCUCCCAUGUCCCUGGCCUCCCCCGCGGGGCGGCGCGGCGUCCGUUUCUCCAGCGACAGCAGCUGGAGGAGCGUGGAGGAGGCGGAGGAGGGCGAGGAGGGCGUGUUCGGGGACCUCAGCCCCCUCAGCACGGACGGCGAUCGCUUCUUCCGCUGGGACGUCCCGCGGGAGCGCACCACCAGCCUGGCGGGCAGCAGCGGCUCCGUCUCGCCGUCCUGGGACGCCGUGGGGGCCUGCUCCCUGUUCGGGACGCUCCCCCGGAGGUCCCGCAAGGGUAGCGUCAGGAAGCGCCUGCUGAAAUUCAUCCCCGGAUUCAACCACUCGGUGGAAGAGGAGGAGAACGACUGAGCCUCACGCGGACCAUGUGACUUUGGACACACUGUACUACUCAUUCACAACAGCAUCAUCCUCCCAGCAGCACACAUUUAUCAUUCACAUGACAAAGAUGUUCCGAGUGCAGAGGAAUUCAAACUGUACUCUGUACUAGUCUUAUCUUUACAGUAACAAUCAAGUAUCAUUCACCAUAAAAAAAAAAACAUUUGUUCAAGUAUCAUUCACCUUUAAAAACAUUUGUAGCAAAACAUUCAUAGCUGGUGCUUUACAGCAUCGAUAACAUGCAAAGCAUGAUUGGUUCAAAAAAGGUUCCGAUUGUAGCAUUAAAGCAUUAAGCAUUACGGGUGCAAUUUAUGUUAAGGUUGAGUGAUUUUUUAAAUAAUCUGUUUCAUAAUUAAUGCAGCAUACUACACUUCCUGGACAAAAGCACGGAGCCCUUCCUUCUUGUAACGUUUUCCUCUAAAACCUUUCCCGUAACUCCUUUUAUAGUGAACUACUGACCUCUUUAUGAAGUUUAGCUUUUAGUGUGUGUGUAUGUGUAUGCGUGCGUGCGUGCCUGUGUGCACGAGAAUACGUGUGUGUGUGUGUGUGUGAGUAUAUAUAUAUAUGUAUAUAUUAUAUAUGUGUAUAUAUAUACACAUAUACAUACUCAUGUACUGUAAAUGUAUAUACACACACACAGAAAUGAUUUGGUAGUACGUUCAUGAGAAGCAUCAGAGGAUAGUUUCUGAGAUGUUCAAAACAGGAUGUGGCUGACAGAAGGUGCAAACUGCACGAGUAAUUUUUUUUCUCAGUUGGUUUCAUGUUCUCAGUGAAGGUACCUCUUCACUGUGCUUCUGCCAGACUACAGUACACGAGAAAUCUUAUCUACUCACGUCAUGUUUCAUUUGCAUAUCUACCUUUUCAGUAUAGCAGUGCUAUUUAUGUAAAUUUGUUCAUAUGACUGUUUGUUGCGUAUUGCAAAUGUUUGUCUUUUUUUUUCUUUACUUUUCUGACGUUCUCAAUUAUACAGUGUCUAUUAAAAUGGUUGAUUUUAGGU